AUGCCCUUGCGGCGCUAUGUCCCACCAAACGGGUCCGAUUCGUGGUUGGAGACACGCACGCCAAGAACUCGCCGCACAGUAACCAACGACUCAGCUGUCGCGAGCUCAUCGCGUUCCGCGCCAUCGCAAUCUCAUUCUCGCGCCAACGGCCAUGCCUCGCGCUCGAAGCGUAAUACUCGCCCUACGCUCGGAGACUUGCUCUCCUCCUCCGACACGAAACGACACGUGGAUGCAGCGCGACGUAUAAUUGCACUCCUCGACAGUAGCGACGAUGAAGCACCGUCAACACUCACGCCUCAUCCGCCUUCUGCCGCCGCCCACGACGACCUGGACGAUGUGGUCACGCCGGAACUACCAUCCGCGGACGCAUCCGCUCCAGCAUUGCCUGACGUGGUCGAGGACCUGCUCGGCGCGCCGGAAUUGCCGCCGCCGCAAGUCAAUUCCGACACAGAGCCGGACCUCAAUGGCAUCGAGGUGCGGCAUACGUCACAGCAGACGGAAGAGUCCGCCUCUCCACCGGAGCCGCCACCAGAUCCAUUGGCGGAUCAGCGUCGACUGUUGGAUCCAGAAGACCCGGAACUCCUACUUUUGUAUGAUGCGUACAAGGCGAAUCAGGCAAGCGACGAAGAGGACGACGACGAUGACUACGAGCAGCGCACCUUGCGCAGGAGGCUUCAGAACGAUGCGCUUCUCGUCAAGCUUGGCCUCGCCAAGCCCGGCACCGUCAAUGGAGACGCCAGCUCUUUCGAAGCCUCUGCGACUCCUCAGAGCGAAGAUGGAAGCGAUCGGGACGACGAUGACGAGCCCACACAGACGCGAGAUGUGCCCUCACGGGGCCGCGGUCGACCACGAAAGCGCGCACGCUCCAACUCGGCUGGGCCUUCGCAGGCUGACCGCCAGUCGUCACCCCGAAAGAAGAAGAAAUACGAACGCAAGGUCAAGUUCGCGGAAGACGGCACCACCAAAUCGGCACCUUUACCCGGCGAGACCUUCGAUUUCGCGUACGUGGAAGUGCCAGCACUUCGAGACCGUGCUCGAAACGAAUACAUCUUCAUCAAAGAUGUGCCUGACAUCCGACCGGAGGACCUGAUCAGCUGGAGCGAGGACGAGGAGGACGACGAAGAGGAUGCACACGACGCACAGGUCAUCGAUGCCGAUACAGACGAUGACGACCGCUUCAGAGGCUACGACUCGCUCGGUCGAAUCAAGACUAAGCGCAGAUACAGGCAGCCAGACGUGCUCCCCGAUGGUACAGUCAUGACCUCCUGCCAUCAAUGCAGGCGCAAGACACAGAUUCCCAAAAUGCAGUGUAGCAGAUGCGACUUCAAGUACUGCGAACGCUGCCUCACGAUCCGUUACGACGACGUGGUCUUUGACCCUCAAGCGUCCAAUUUCAGCUGCCCAAAUUGUCUGGGCUAUUGCAACUGCUCCCGCUGCCUCAUACGUUCGGGUUUUGGUGAUCUGGUACGGAAUAACAAGGAGCGGCUUAUGGCUUUCACCAGAGAGCGCAUGAUGCUCGCAGAUCCCGCUGCGCUCGAAAUGGAGGAACCGCUACCGAAGAAAGCGGCUCGCAAGACGACCAAAAAGGCGCGUCAGAUGGACGCCGACCAGGCUUUGCAUGCGCCCAAGAAACGAGGCAGGCCGCUCAAUGACCGAGAAAGCGAGAUCCCCUGGACGCCGGUCAAGAUCGACUUGGAUUUGAGCGAGGAGGUGGAGGAAGGAGAGCCGUACAGUCAGCUCGAGGAAUACGUUCUCGGAAGGCUGAGCGUGGCUCGUCGCGUGCUCAAGCUGAUAGCAGCUCAGCAGUCCGCCGGGCAAGGAGCUGCUGCAGCAUCGCGAGCGAGUCUGGUCGUCAGACUCAAGAUACCAGCAAGAGCUCUCCUAUCCGCCCGGACCUUCAACAUAUCCGGCGGCGCCAAGACGGAGAGGAAGCGACCAAAUCACCACGACCUGGAGAAAGACGUGUGGGUGCGCAGCGCCGCCGACUACAGCACAUCCGAGUCCGAGUUCGGGAGCGAGGAUGGCGCGCGUGACGAGGAUCUCGCGGGCUCGGACGACGAGGAGGGCGCAUCAGUCGCUGAAUUUGAGGAGGGACGCACACAGGCGUUUUCCGCAUCACUGCUUCGAAAGCGGGAGAACACGAGCGGGGCAAGCAGCAGAAACGGCUCGCCGCUGUCGAGCGCAGACGAGCUUGGAAGCGACUCAUCAACCCACUCAUCUCAGUUUUACGAAGAAGUCAAGCACGCCGUUCGCAACGCGUACGACAGUGCAGACGAGAUCGACGAGCUGGACACCUCCACGCAAGCCUCGUUCGGCUCUGCUUCGCCUUCAGCGUCCCUCGGUGCACCGCAGGAUAUGCAGCAAUUCGCGCUUGCUGUCCUGGAGGAUCACGACGAGCCGACCAAGACGGUGCACACCAACAUGCUGCGAUUCCGCGAACACCUGGUCUCGUUACCGCCGCCCGGCUCCGAAGCAGCACAACUGAAUGGGCUGAUCGACCCGCGACCGACGACUGGCACACCCGUCCUUUACGCCGAGACCGCGCUUUCAGAUGCCGACGAGCCAUGA